AAAGCCAAUGCUGAGACCAACGGGAAGUAAACGCUCAGCCUUUCACAAAGAAGAAGAGGAGAGGUGAGGCAGUUUAUUGAAUGAACAGAGACAGCAACCAUGAAGACAGUAUCGAAGGAUGAGAUCCGUCAGGCGUUUGCUGGAGUGGGUUUGACUAGCGUUGAUCAGUCCAUGAUUUCCAAAUGCGUCGCCUUUGCCAACAAUCAUCAUAUUAGUUCCAAAUCCAUGGCCGAAUGCUGGGAAAGUUUCAGUUUGAACAAGAGCAUUGACGCUUUGGAUGAGCAUUCCUGGCAAUCCUUUCGCAGCGAUUUGGAAAAGGAAGCCGAGCGAAAUCCCACACCUCUCCAAGUCGAAAGUUGUAGUAGUAGUGGAGCCGUUCAGACUCGCCCUGCAAUGGGAAAACGACAAUUGCCUACCGUGACGCCUCCGGCCAAACGAGUUGCCACACCACCCAAUAAUACAAAAUCGGCGGUGGAUGCCGUCCUUUCUUCCACUACGGCAUCUCCCGUCAAGAGUGCCAGUCCUUCCUACACGCCACCCAAAUACGAGGAACGAGCGGGAGCUGGAAAAGUGAUUCUCACCUUUAAUCCCAAUGAUCUCAAACCCACUACUACUGCUGCUGACAGCAACACGACGACAACUCCCAAAUGCAGCAUUGCCUACCAACAGUUUGACACCAAUGUCACAGCCCAACCCCAUCGUCAUUUGUUCACCACCAUGGAGGAUCGGGCCAAGGCUUUGGACAAACAUUUGGUCCAAUUGGAGGAUAUCAUGAUGGAACGGUACAACAUCAAGGGAAAAGAUGACGAUGAUACUCCCAUGAUGAUGGAAGAUGAGGCAGAAAUUGCACCCUUGGAAGCGGUCGCCGUGCCACGCCAAGACAAGAUUUGCUGUAUUGGUCGCAUUUGUAAUGCGGCCCACGAAGGACGCAUCAAUCAUACAUCAGUCGUCUUGGAAGGAUCCAAACACUUGGGAGGUGCUCGCAUUGAAAUGGACGUGUCGCUCUUGAAAGACGGCGAAAAACAAAAAGACUUUUCCCUCUUUCCCGGACAAAUUGUGGCGGUCGAGGGCAUGAACUCGACGGGACGAAAACUGACGGCCCAUCGAAUCUGCGAGGGGGCUGCCCACGGUGGAAACAAGAGUACUGCCAAGCAGCUCUUGGAGUAUCAUUAUUCGCGACAAAAUGGCACUCCCCUCAAAAUCAUGACGGUCGCUGGACCCUACACUACCAGUGACAAUCUCGGAUACGAUCCAUUAUUUGACUUUAUGAGUAUCGUCAUGCAAGAAAAACCCGAUGUCGUCAUCAUGGUGGGACCCUUUGUCGAUUUGCGUCACAAGGAUAUUCAAAGUGGAGAAGCUUCUCUCUUGUUCAGCGACGGCAGCGAUGACAUGACUGUGCCCUACGAAGCAUUCUUUGCCAACAAGAUUGCGGGUCUCUUGGAAGAAUUCUUUGAAGGGGGAGAUUUCAAAACGCAGUUUGUGCUAGUGCCCAGUUUGGAUGAUGCCACGGCCGACUGGGCAUACCCUCAGGCGCCCUUCCAAGACAGAGUCUUUGGGCAACGGGGAAAAGUCAUUCUAAAGAAAGCUGGAGGAGACGGCUUGGAGAUCAACACCUUGGGCUUGGAUCAGAUCGAGAAAGGAGCUGCAGGUGACAAUAAUGCUGCAUCUGCAGAUGCACCCUUUCGUCGGAUCCACUGCGUUUCAAACCCCUGCACGCUGCAAUUGAAUGAAGUCAUCAUUGGUGUCACUGGCACGGAUGCCAUCUUCCACAUGAGUGCGGAUGAAACCAACGCCAACUUGGUACCUGGAUCCCGAUUGGCUCGGAUCGGCCAACACAUGUUGCAACAGCGCAGUUACUAUCCUCUUUUUCCCGCCUUUCCUGGCGCCAACUUGGAUCUGAAACGGAUGAAGCAGUGGUCCAUGCCGUGCCAGCCGGAUUUGCUGAUUGUCCCCUCCAAGCUGACUAGCUUUGCGAGACCUGUUCUUGGUGAUACAGUCUUGGUCAACCCGGGGCACCUAACCAAAAACACCACCGGUGGCACAUAUGGUGUCAUGGAGAUUCACCCCAUGAAGAGGGAAGAACUGGAAACUGCUGGAGGCGUUGGAGACGUGGAGUUAGACCACAACAUUCCCAAUCGCUUGCACCUGGAGAUCCGUAAGAUUUAGUUGGCUGACGGUACCGUACUGCCGCGGCUGAGGAUUGGAAGCGAGGUUCUGGGGAACGACGGGAUUCUCUAUUUCGUUAUGGUUAGAAAAACAACACUUGUCUUCCUACUAGCAAGUAUCAUCACGACAGGAGCUUCAAUUCUAUCUAGAUGCGCAGCAAUGGUUUGUACAAUGUCGUCUCCGCCGUAAAGUUGAUUGUUUUUCUACAUCUAUCUUCCACGCCA